AUAACGUACGUAUCAUCCACAGGCUAGUGACGCCUCCACAGCUUCAUCAGAGUGCUCAGAUCCCUGCUGGCUCAUAGGAACCAUCGUCUGCCAGAAGCAGGUGUUCUUUGAAGGAUCUGUAUAGGAAAGACUGUAAUCUGGCGGCUCAACUGAUCCAGUGCGGAAAAUCUCCUUACAGAGCGCACAAACUGUCCGAGCUUCCCGCUGAUCUUCAGGAUCGAGUGAGCUCCCACAUGCAGCGGCAGGGUCACGGCUGGAGCGCAGCGUUGCAUCACUCAGACGCUGUUCCCACCGCCAUCAUCGGCCGGGUCCUGGAGAAACCGGAGCCUGGGAGAAGCUGUCCGGUCACACGCUCACCGAGCCCACAAGCCCCAGAAUUCCCAUCCGGCACGGACAACAAAGUCCAGCAGCACACGGCGUAUAAGUCGUCUGACCUGUACUACAGCGACACAGCACUGUACUGUCCCUCUGAUGAGCGGCGGCGCGACCGCUGGACGGAGAGACGACAGAGUGAGGAUCAGAGCGGACGGAUCCGAAGACACACGUCCACCGGCGGCAACCUAGACGAUGAGAGCUUCCCUCUGCAUGAAGACCCUUUCCGUGGGUUCGUCCUCAGAUCUCUUCCAACCUCCAGCUGCAGCACGGCUUCAGACGAGAAGCUUCACGUUUCGUCUUUGUGCACAGACUGGCGCGAUGGAGACUAUGAGCGCAAGAACUUGUCCUCGUAUGGAAAGGAACUUCCAGGUUUUCCCAAGUCAAGCAGCUCCCAGCAUGUGGGCUCACAGAACGGCCGAUCCAGAGACAGACGUGUCCUCGUCCCUGCGGACCCGACGGAUGGCUGGUGGCAGAUGAGCAUGGAGGACAUCAGCAGAUUCUCGCCCUUCGGUUUCCCAGAGCACCACUUCAAGAUCAAACCGGGUCCUCUUUACAGCAGCUUCCAGGAUGGAGACAAAGUCUUCCACAGCCGCGUGCCGGAUCCACGAUUCCCCGCAUCGGCGGGAUCGAGUCCUGCGCUGAACCCAAAGACGAGUCUGAAUGCACUGAAGGCCGAGAGAGGACUGAUGUUGCGCUCAAAGGGUUCGACAAGCAGCUUUUUCAUAACUGGAAACGCCGAAGACGAGGAGAGCACAACUAAAGACGCUUUACAGAGAGAUCACGCUGAUGAAAGCCCCGGCAGUUCAGCGGAGUCACUAAACCAGGGUCUGGACGUCCAGAAAUACAAAGAUCUUCAAAACCCUGGAGCUCAGAAAAUUACGCCACAGCAUCAAAAGUUUGGAAACGCUGGACUCAGUCGCAAAGACAGUCUGACUAAAGCUCAGCUUUAUGGAACGCUGCUUAACUAA